AUGCCUCAGCCCAAUAAGUCCCAGAGCCCACCACACCUGCGAUCACUACCUGCGCAGGGAUCGAGUAGGGGCUUACCCUCCGACCCUGAGCCUAUGCGUCAUCAGGCAUCUUUCCUCUCAAAUGCUUCCGUCCGGCGAAUCGGCUCCUCUCCUCGUGCCCGACCGGUCGCGACGUCUGUAGCGGACAUAUUUAUCCGCUCCUUGGUGGUAGCUGGCUACUGUCACGAACACUCCCCUCGAAGCAGGGGGAUUAGCACAACAUCAGCGAAGACCUCGUGGGGAUCCGCGGGGAACAGGGCCUUGGGGAGAGGCCGCAGGCUGGCUCCGGCCAAACAUCUACCGAAGUUUAUAAACCGAAUUGAAAGCUUUGGAUUACGCCGACCAAAGACACAAAGGAUCUUUACUUCCACGGUCGCACAGCGGGUGGAAGUUCCUGAUUCCGAAGAUAAUCGGAUAAACGAUUCAUCGACACCGCAAUCUUCGCACGCGACACCCGUCAACUAUGCGAGACUAAACCGUCCGAGCGAUCCCAAUUCUGCGUCACGGCGGCUACAGCACGAACAUACGAGUCUUGAACCAUCACCUCACAACAUUGCUUCUCACGAGGAUCGGAAGCAUGUUACAAGUCGCGCCACAGACCACGAAGUGAGCAACGAGGAAAACCCCGUUCGACUUGCAGACAGGACCGAAAGCUACAAGAGCGCUGCAAAAAGACUAUACCAUGAUACAGCCGAGGUCUUUAAGGAAUUGCUGGGAGAUAAAGGAUGGGAAGAGGCAACUCUUGCUGCUGCCGCUUUCGACCCAUUUCCACCGAGAUUCGAUAACUCGCAAAGCUCUGUGAAUUUUAGCACUGUCCGACAAUUUGAGGAACACAUUGCAGACAAAUCAAAGUCGAAUCAUUUCCUAUUCUCGCUUUACAGGGAACUUCCGUCUCCCGGGGUGAAGCAUCUCUCACGGCGCUCUCGCGGGCUGCUUCUGCGUAGGUUCGCCAAUCCACCGGAUUGCCGUUGGAUCGAUUCCCGACGUUAUCUAGCUCUGGUGGAAGAUAUGUUGGCUGCAAACUAUUCGAUGUCACGGUCGCUUUGGUCCUCUGCUAUCUAUCUAGCAGGUCGAUCCUCAGGCAACGCGGUUACUAAAGGUGGCUUGAUACGGGCAAUCGGUGUAUGGAAUCAGAUGGAGCAUUUAGCGGGAAUUCGAUCAGACAGCGCGGUUUUCACGAUUUUAUUCACUACAGCGAUCAAAGCAGGCCAAUACUCAGUCGCCGAGCGCUUCGUCGAAGAAAUGGCGAAGAGGAAGAUACAGUUUGAUCGCAUGGGAAAGAUCAGCAAUAUAUUCUAUCGGGGAGUAAUUGGGGACGCUGAUGGCGUCUGUCGGGCUUUUGAUGAGUAUAUUAAUACCGGAGAGCUUGUUGACACCGCGGUGAUGAACUGUCUUAUGACCUCCCUUCUCAAUGCUGGUGAACCUGGGUCCGCGAUGCAAGUAUACCAGCGCCUAUUGCAGACUCGAUCCGAGACGCGAAUUGCGCGACAAGGUCUCACGGCAGAUCUGGUCGCUUACCGGAAAUUCUCCAAGAAGACCGGUCGUGUUUUUCAGGCGUCAGCGUCUCUGAAAAGCAAACUCCCACAACAUCACAGUGCCCUUCAAGAAGCCCUUCCGACAGGCCCCGAUACGCGAACUUUUCAUAUACUUUUGGCUCAUCAUGCGCACAAAUCUGGGGAUUUGAAUGCGUUCGAAUCGGUCCUAAUGGAUAUGGAAAAGACCUUUGCUGUACCGCCACGCGGCCUGAUCUUUCUGCUGCUUUUCGAAGGGUUUGCCCGCCAUGGCCGACGCAACAGAGGCUGGACGGUGGCAAAACUGCGAAUGGUUUGGCGAGCCUAUCUCCGGGAUCUCUAUGAGUCCAAGAUUAGAACCCAGCACCAAUCAUUUGCUUUGCCGCCAAAUUAUGUCUGGCAUAACCCGUUGAGAGACGAUGGCACUGCAACCCCCAGUGUGUUGAUGAGCAGUUCCACUGAGCUAUAUAUGCCCUUGCCUUUCGCUACAACGGAGGCAUCUCAAGGGCAAGAAGAACACCAACCAAGUGUGUAUGGGCAAGAAGAACGCCAAUCAAGUGUAUAUGGGCAAGAAGAACGCCAAUCAAGUGUAUAUGGGCAAGAAGAACCCCAACCAAGUAUAUAUGGGGAUGAUGACCUAUAUAGACCGGAUUUGGAUGUUGAUUUCUACCUACAGACAGGCCCAGCCCAGCCACGCCCACGCGAAGAAGAAACCGUCAAAUGGCUGGAGUACCGAAUUGAGAACGGAGUUUUUUUAGGCCGUCGAAUGAUCAUCAUCAUCCUACGUGCAUUUGGCGCCUGCUGCGGGCCCGACGAUAUCAUGGAGGUCUGGCUUCGCAUGGAGGGUGUAUGGCAGCCUGAGAAACGUAGGGGACUGGAUGUACUGGCCGUCAAGGAGGAACUGGAGUACCAAAUGAACAGGGCCCGUCGCCGUGUGGAUUUUGGGAAGGAAUAA